UUCUGAGGGUCGGUCACACUGUACUGCUCUGCUCAAUUUGUCCUCAAUAAAAUUCCAAAAUUUCACUGUUUCUGUUUAAAAAAAAGGCGCAUAUUUGCUUAGACUUACAAUUCACAAUACACACAAAGUGCUAGUAUCGUUGUAAAAAAUGUCAACACCCGCACGCAGACGUCUUAUGAGAGAUUUUAAAAGACUUCAGGAAGACCCACCAACGGGUGUUUCGGGUGCGCCAACAGAUAAUAAUAUUAUGAUAUGGAACGCUGUGAUUUUUGGUCCACACGAUACACCAUUCGAGGACGGAACCUUUAAGUUAACCAUAGAAUUUACGGAAGAAUAUCCAAAUAAACCGCCAACAGUUCGAUUCGUGUCGAAAGUAUUUCACCCAAAUGUGUAUGCAGAUGGUGGCAUAUGUCUUGAUAUAUUGCAGAACCGCUGGAGUCCCACAUACGACGUGUCGGCCAUACUAACAUCCAUACAGUCACUGCUGAGCGAUCCCAAUCCCAACUCACCGGCAAACUCCACCGCCGCACAGCUGUAUAAAGAGAAUCGACGCGAGUAUGAGAAGCGUGUGAAAGCCUGCGUGGAGCAGAGUUUCAUCGAUUAGCCAUGCGCCCACACUAGGAACAGCAACAGCAGAAAAAUCAGAAGCGACAGCCAGGGCAGAGGCAGUACCAGCAGCAGCAGGAGGGGCACUAGCUUCAGAUUGAGAAAUCAGCAAACUACAGUAACAAAAAUAUACAAUAAAAUACACACAUUUAAAUUAAAUAACAGCAUGAAUACUUAUAACAAUUUUAGUGCUAUGAAAUUGUAACAGUGUCACAGCAACAAAUUCAUUUACUAUCCCCCACACAAACACUCACGAAAGUUCGAUCCUAGUUAGAUUUGUUUGGCCCGUUUCAUCGUAUCAUCCAAGAACCCGAUACACUCCCAGAAAUGCGAAAUACUUUCCCCAGCUGGCAGCAGCAGCAGCGUCAAAGGCCGCUGCAGCUGAUAAUCUCUUUCGUAAGCUAACAGCGAUUCAAAUGUUAUAAUAGUAGCAUAGAUAGCAGCGGCGAAAAAUGAUUAAUAAUUAUAAUAAAACACAUUAUAAAAACUAUGUCAAAUAAUUGCAAAAACAAAAUAGUUUCAUUUUAGAUGUGUGCAAAGCAACUCUACUAAGAACAAAUUACUAAACGCAUACUAAAACUAAAUCCGAAGCUAAACCAAAAACUAAAAAGCGUAAAGCAACAAUAAUAAAACAUGAUACAUAUGUA